CCUGAAAAGAGAAGCAUCAAUAUGUCACAUGUUAAAGCAUCCACACAUUGUUGAAUUAUUGGAGACAUACAGUUCAGAUGGACUACUCUAUAUGGUUUUUGAAUAUAUGGAAGGAGCAGACCUGUGUUUUGAGAUUGUCAAAAGAGCGAAUGCAGGCUUCGUCUACAGUGAAGCAGUAUCAAGCCAUUAUAUGAGACAGAUCAUGGAGGCAUUAAGGUAUUGCCAUGACAACGAUAUUAUCCACCGUGACAUUAAGCCACAUUGUGUAUUACUAGCUACAAAGGAAAACUCGGCCCCAGUCAAACUAGGAGGGUUCGGUAUUGCUAUUCCUCUACCGUCGUCAGGCCUCAUAGCAGGAGGACGGAUUGGUACACCACACUUCAUGGCACCGGAGGUGGUGCGCCGUGAACCGUACGGUAAACCUGUAGAUAUCUGGGGAUGCGGUGUGAUGCUCUUCAUCCUACUCAGCGGCUCUCUGCCGUUCUUUGGAACCAAGGAUAGACUCUUCGACAUGAUCACCAAGGGAAGAUAUAAUAUGAAGCCCCGCCAGUGGGAUCACAUUUCCGGUGACGCCAAGGAUCUGAUCCGUAGCAUGCUGUCCGUCGACCCUCGACAACGUAUCACAGUAGAGGAAGCCCUUGCUCACCCUUGGCUAAGGGUAGGUCCACCAACCCCCACGGAGAGGGACAAGUUUGCACCCAAGAUACACCUGUUAGAGACGGUGGAGGAGCUCAAGAAAUUCAACGCCAGAAGAAAACUGAAGGGUGCUGUAUUAGCAGCUGUAGCCAGUCACAAGUUCACAAGCUUCUACAGUGAUCCAAAUACAAAACACAUCACAGACUUUGCAGAUGAUGAUCCUACAUCUUCAGGUGCUGUGGCCCAGGUGCUGGAUAGCCUUGAGGAGAUCCAGUGCUUGACAGACUGCGAUGAGAAGGAUCUUGACUUCCUACACACAAUCUUUGAAGAUACGCAGCUACACUCGCUGCUUGAUUUGUAUGACAAGAUCAAUACCAAGUCAAGUGAACAGCUUCCCAACAAGAGAAACCUACCCACUGAUAGUGUCUUAAGAACCAGAGAGAACGUACCUCUACAGUCUGUGCAUGUCACUACCGAACAGGUCUUGGAGCUGUUCAGGCAACACAAUCAAGACAGCCAAGACGCCUACGAACUACAGGCCAUCCUCAGUGAUCCCUACUUCAGGGCACUGCUACAGGCCCAUGACGUGGUAGCCCACGAGGUUUACAGCGACCACGCGAUCAGGGUGACUCCGCCGCCUGUUAUGCCCUACCUCAACGGAGACACUGAACUGAUGCAACCGCCCAACGGCAACAUGGACCAGACAGACGCAGUCACCAGGGUGCGACUCGUGCAGUUCCAGAAGAACUCGGAAGAACCCUUGGGCAUCACAUUGAAGAUGAACGAGGACAGACGAUGCAUCGUGGCUCGCAUCAUGCACGGUGGCAUGAUCCACCGCCAAGCCACUCUCCACGUCGGUGACGAGAUCCGAGAGAUCAACAAUGUCUCUGUGGCCAACCAGACCGUCGAUCAACUCCAGAAGAUGCUGCGGGAACUCAAAGGCAGUAUCACCUUCAAGAUUGUACCAAGCUACAGGAGUGCACCCCAGCCUUGUGAGAUCUACGUCCGAGCCCAGUUUGACUACGACCCAGGUCAGGACGACUUGAUACCAUGCCAACAAGCAGGUCUUAGUUUCCGUUGCGGGGAUAUCCUCCAAAUCAUCAGUAAAGACGAUCAUAAUUGGUGGCAAGCCAGGAAAGAGGGUGAACCUCUUAACGGUACGGCUGGUCUCAUUCCAUCACCAGAGCUGCAAGAAUGGAGAGUAGCAUGUCUGGCAAUAGAGAGAGCGAAGAAAGAGCAACAAGCGUCGUGUACGUGGUUCGGGAGAAGAAAGAAGCAGUACAGGGAUAAAUACCUAGCCAAACAUAAUGCAGUAUUCGACCAAUUAGAUCUUGUCACAUACGAGGAGGUGGUUAGGUUGCCUGCGUUCAUGAGGAAAACGUUAGUUCUAUUAGGAGCCCACGGCGUCGGCAGGAGACACAUAAAGAACACACUCAUCACAAGUCAUCCCAAUAAAUAUGCAUAUCCAAUCCCACACACAACGAGAAGGUGUAAAUCGGACGAGGAAAACGGCAAAAACUACUUCUUCGUCUCGCAUGAAGAGAUGAUGAACGACAUUGCCAAUAAUAAGUAUCUCGAAUACGGCACGCAUGAAGAUGCUAUGUAUGGGACCAAGCUAGACACAAUCAGGGAGAUCCACAAUAGAAGUCUGAUUGCUAUACUCGACGUAGAACCUCAGGCUCUGAAGGUUUUGAGAUGUGCCGAGUUUGCACCAUUUGUUGUUUUCAUUGCUGCACCAACUCUCACAGGCAUGAAUGACGUACAUGAUAGUAGCCUGGAAAGACUUGCCAAGGAAUCCGAGCUCCUCCGCCAAGCCUACGGUCACUUCUUCGACCUGACCAUCGUCAACAACGACAUCGACGACACGAUACGCACGCUGGAGAACGCCAUGGAGGAGAUAUGCACCACGCCACAGUGGGUUCCGGUCAGCUGGGUCUACUAAGGUCAAAGGUCAAUCUAUCCAUUUCCUGUUUUUUCGACGGGGUGGGCGUCGACCCGCUCGGAUUGUUUUCAAUUUCCACACAUUUCUAUGGUGUUUGUAUCACCGGUAUUCUUACUUCGCAUUCACCGUUCAAGAGCCACUGGUCUGAACUCUGACUUCUGAAUUCUCUAAUUAUCGUUGACUGUGACAAGGGAUAAUCAUCCGGUUCCAGUAGGCAAUGGGUUAACCUUUAUGAUUACUGAAUCGUCUAAUUAUGGAUUAUGAGCAUGGAUCACACAGUUCCAGACAGCAGUGGGUUAAUGUAUAUCCUAAAGUUGGCAGCCUUUUGCAAUGAGUAGAGACCAUGUAUGGAAGGGCAGUCGACUGUGCAGGACUUCAAAUCAAGUUUGUUCAGCUUUCACGGAAAUCAAGAAUGAGACUGCAAUAGCCAUGUUGGAUUCAUAUCUGUUAUACAUAUAUGAUUCAUUUUAAUAUUAGCACUGUUCAUUCUGUCAUUGCUUUCAAGUUGUUAAUGACCAGUGAACCGUGUAAAGAUGAUUGAAUACCCUAUACUCAGCAUUGGAGAUUGCCAGUCCCAGCGUGUUUAUUGCUGGAAUAAUGUUUUAAGAAUGCAUCGAGCGUUGAGAGUUUGGAAUUCGGUCUCUGCUGUCAUGAUGGAUCCCUGAUUGCAUGUCCCAUGAUUAUGAUAAUGACUACAAUAAUCUGAUAUUACAUGUAUGUAAAGUUUAUAAUAAGGGAGCGAUGCCUCUGAGAGCUUUACAGAUAUGUACAGGUAUAUUAUAACCCUGGACAUCGGAUCAAGAUUUGCCCGGAUGCAAAGUAUGCCCUUUCUCCACUCCCUGGGGAAGCAUUCCAACAUGAGUUUCUUAACUCAUUUGGAAAGCAUUCUACAUAGGCUUUCGCAUCCUUGGGGAUACCCAUUGAACACCUGGGUGGACUGUGGGUAUGUAUGGAUUGACGCCUUUACGUAACCCUCUCAUUUCAAGGAGAGAGUCAGAACUGCCAUCACAGCGCUUCAUUCAACCAUUUUGCAUAGUGCACUCUUGGAGGCCGGAAAGCCAUUUGAUAUUUUUUGGAACCUACUCUGUAAUCAUGUGUACAUGAUUAAAAGAAGAAAAUUCAAGAAGCCUAAAGAAUUGAUAAUAUCUUUGGAUUGUAUGAUCAAUUAAAUGAAUCUUUUGAAACUUAAAUGAUAUUUUCAUCAUAUUACCAAUAUGUCAUGUGUUUUAUCUCCAAUAAAAGCGACAUGUUACAUGUAUGUCUUUGAUCACACGUUUUGUGAGAAAAUCAUUGAUAUAUGUAUGGAGUUUGCUACCUUUGUUAGUAUGAAGAGGAAAUUGAUGCGGUUGCUAUAAUAAGUGAAAGCUGUCACUUAUGGUGAACAGUCAGACUGUUAACACUGCAUGGUGUUUUAUCUUGAUUAUCGCACAUGCAAUACAAUAGCAACAUGCAGACAUUUGAAGCAAUGCAGACAUGCUUUUGAUAUUGAAAAUCAAACUGCUUUGAAAAUAAACAUACGGCCAUUUGUAUAAGUUUCUUAACAUUUUUCUUGUUGGGAAUAAAUCUACUUUGUGGUAGAGGCUACAAGGAAAAAAAUGAUAGUUAAGUGGAAUACCUCACAUGUUGGUAGCUUCACAUCAGGAUAUCUUUUUUUCUGAGAUUGAUCAUGAAAAUUGGCAUUUAUUUUUAAAUUGAAAUGUAGGAAUUAGCGUCACACAAAGAGGUUUCUGGGAAAAGUAUGUUCCAAAAUUUCAAGUAUUGCCACUUGUAUUUUUCUAAAAAAAUUAUGAGCAUCCCCUUAGUUCUUUUGAGUGAGCAUUUGUCAUUUUCAACUGCCUUUGCAACUGACGAAAUUAAAAUCGCAAAUUUCCUAAGGUUCACAUGCCUUUCAUAUGAUUACUCCAGAUUUUUAACUCCUUAACAAUGAAUUGCAUGGAUUAAACUUGGUCCUAUAACACAAAGGUUAGCAAUUGAUCGUACGUUUGAUCUUUACGAUCGAUUGUACAUUGUAGUUAAUGCAAUCCAUCGUAAAGAUAUUCUUUUACGAUUGAUUGCUAAGAUCUGUGUUACAGUCCCCUGAUCACUCUGAGCUGUUCAGUUAUUGUUUUAGUGGAUCAGGCAUGGAGUAGUGUGCAUGCAGCGCCUUGUAACCAAAAGGAAAAGGCUCUAUAUCAAAUGACUCUUGUUUUUAUUGGACUUGAAUGGAGAAAGAAGUAUGCCAUGUUACACUGCUUGCACACACAAUAUGUUACAGUUAAAAUGUACUCCAAACAAUUUUGCAGUCCAAAAUGCCCAUCUUUGCAACACUACUGCUGCCCUCCAUGAAUUCUCGCUGACUAACUUACGUAUAUUUCGAUUCACAACUCAAUGAGAAUGAAGUGAAGUGCGGAGAAGACAUUUCUGAGACUUAAUUUUUCAAUGCUACAUUUACAUGUAUCUUUCUCAUCUUCAUAUUUCCUUCUUUUACCAACAGACACUUUGUAUAUCUAUUUAAAGUGUUGCAGAUAUUUUUUUCAGCAUUAUGAUAUAAUUAUUUUGUGAAUCUUGUAUGAAAAUGAAUAUACCAUCUUCUGUUUUUGUCUUUAUGUUUCUUUGUAUCUAAGCCAAUGAAUUUGUAUGAGAAGAAAUUUGUAUAUAUGGACUUAUGAGGAAAUAUGCUUUAUAGCUGUAAAGGCAAAGUGUAACGAUGGAGGGCGUAGGAUACGGCGCAGACUUCCAAAUAAUCUGUAAAAUUAAUUUGCAGCUAUAUAAUUGAAUGCGUAACUAAUUUAGUUUUUGCAUUCCCCCCUAUAGAUUUCAAGGUGUAAUCUAAUUCAUUGAGAUUUUUGAAACUCUUCAAGCCUCCCUCAAAUCAUGGAUUGUGAGCCAAUGUCGCACAUGCACUGAAGUGAUUCAUCUUUAGUAGUAUUUAUAGAUAACUUAUAUAAUAUUACCUUAGCUUUAUUUUGUUUGGUGAUCUUUUGAUCCAAAGCACAGUAUUCUACGAGUUUGUGAGGAAACCAGAGAUCGAUAGGUUCAAUUUUAUUGGGAUGUAUCGCCCAAUGUGGUCGUUGAUUAGUACAUCAUGGUAGAUAAAUACAAACUACUACCACCACUUCUUCAUACUUCUUAAUUGUCCUUUUCCCCUUCUUCAUCUGUCAUUUUUAUCAAUCAUCUUUUCCUUUUUUUGUUUGGAAUGAAUUGUAGUACUUUGAUUAGAGAGUCUUUCAUUUCAAAUAGACCCCCUCUCUAUCUCAGUCUUUCUCCCUCUGUUAGAUUUUCUUUGCCUCUCCCUCCCUCUUUCUCCCCCCCCCCCUCUUUCUUUCUCUUUGAUGAGUUUAUCUUUCAUAUUUUAUAUGCUAAGUGAAAAACUUUAGGAGGGGGAAUCUAAGCAGUUUUUUAGGCAAGAAUAUGUAUUACCAUAGGACCAAACCCUUGCCAUUGAUUCUGUUUGCUUGUAGACAUUUGACCUUGCGAUGCCCUUCACCCCAUAUGUCAGUCAUACUUUCGGCAAUCCACCCUUACCAUCCUUAAACUACAAAACGGGAAAGUCAUUUGCUGAUUCGACCUGGACCACAAUCUUGUGCAAAAAAUAAAUUGCCGUUGCUAUGACAUUUCCCUCCUGUGUUUUCUAUUUGUUUUACUUUUUUUUUUUCGUUCCACUUACCAAAUAUUGUUCCUCCUUCAAUAAUUUGAAUUGAUAUUUUGUUGUAUGAAAGACGUUGUUGUUAGGAUUUCAAUCAUAAUUUCUUAUCAUGUUUGUGUUAACCGUACUGUCGUAAUUGCACACAUUGUUCUCCCCGCCCCCUUCCUCUCACCUGUCAAACCGUUUUGAAUGAAAUAGGACUUGAAAUCAAAAUCCAGUCUUUCAAACCACUAGAUGGUCUGUUGCACAAUGCAAUAAGAAAAGGUUUCACAUACUUUUCAUUUGGAAUUCGAUGAAAAAUGAACAGAAUAAGAAAGUUUUCAUGGAAUUCGGGAAUGAUGGUUUCCAAAGUUCUUGAAGAAUAUAUAUAAGUCAGCAUUUCAACUUCUUGUUGUAACUCCGUGGGAUCGUAUUUCAUGUUUAAACUAAUAAUGCAAUCUGUAAAUAUCAUUUGUUAAUAGCAUUUGCAUGUUGCAAUUUAGUAUUGUAAAUUACUCUUGUAAAUUACAAUUUUAAAUUAUGAUAUGCCUCCCCCUUUCGGACAUUGAAAAUCGCGAAGGAUAACAUUGGAAUUGAAUAACGUGAUACUGAUUGCCAUUGAUGAUGUAUUGUGAGUGAUGAUAACAUCUAAAACAAAUACAUUGAAAGCCAUAGUUGAUUUCAUGGUAUGAAAAUGAAGAAGGGUUUCAGGUUUGCCUUUUUUCACUUUUGAAUAACGUAGUUGUUUUAAAACCAAUAUUGAAUGUUGAAAGCUGGUAAACCAUGGCCCCAUUUCAUAAAAAGUUGCUAUGAAGUGAUUGCAACUCUUGCUGGAAUAUCACCUUUCAUUGGAAGAGCCAAUCAAAAAGAAUUUUCACUGCUGCCAUGAUAGUUGACAUUCCAGCAAGACUUCAUAAUCAUAUCAUACCAACUUUUUAUGAAAUGGGGUCCAGGUCUUGUAAUUCUUCACACCUCUUGCUAAUACCAUUUUACAGUGCCGGUAGCAGAAAAGAAAUCAUUGAUAAUUCAAAAUAUGCAUUACUUUCUGCAAACCUGUGUAAAAAAGAUUACAUUCAAUUGUUAAUAUAAAGCCCAUCUGUUGAUCAUUACCGCCCCCCCCCCCACGCCCAAUUCGAUUUGAAAUCUGGGGAGCAUUUCAUGGAACAAAAAGUCAUUGAUUUUCACUAACUAUUUGUUAUAAGCUACUGAAAUCCUUGCAUCUGAUUGGCUCAGAGCAAAGUAGUCAUUAAAUUAUCACUGACUUUUUGUUUCGUGAAAAUGCUCCCCUGGGGACCCACCAGUUUCUCGCCAUCUGAGAAUGUAUUUUUGAAAUUUGGGGAAAAUGUUUAUAUCAAUUUACAAAGUUUGGUGAAUUUUAUAUUAUUCAAGACCUGCUAUUUCUCUGAGACUAAGUACAUGAAUCUGUUCAUUUUAAAGCUCAUAUUUUCAGCAUUUAGUAAAGACUUAUGACUGUAAUAAUUUACACUAAUUUUAUUCAGUUAUGAAUAAAUGUGAUGUCUUAAUUCGGAAUUUACACAAAGAAAGAUAAGAAAAUUCUUUUAAAUGGGCUAUUUUGUGCUUUAUAUUUUUGAUGUAUUUAUCUUUAAAUAUUGUAAAAUUGUGUAAUCUGUCUGUGCUUGCUUGGUCAAAAAAACCACUUGUUCUAAUUUCUAAAUGGGUGAACUCCAUUCAGGAUUACUCUUUUGGUCCAUGUUUCAUUUGGUCUAAUGACCGCUUUGGCUAAUUAUCACUUGGUCUUACUACUGUUUGGUCCAAUUACCAUGCUAUAUUUGCCAAACUUAAAAUUAGGAUAUUAGGAUAAAUAAUCCUUGCCAAACAAAAUAUGAGGACUCCUGGUUCUUAGGCCUAAAUGAAGUUUAGACCAGAUCAUUGUAGACCAUUUGGUGUUUGACUAUGUGGAAAUUAGACCAAGUAGCUAGAGACCAAGUGGGACCAAUCAUGCCUCAAAUUGCACUAACAUUUGUUUAGAUUAUUUUCCCUAUUGGCUCAGCACAUUUUUUUUCAAUGUCCGAGUAUUACAUGUAUGUAUGGAAUGUUCUUGGUUUUAGAGAGAACGACAUUGUGCACUACACUUUAUGGGUAGGGGGCGAUGAGUUGAGGAGUGAAAUAAUAGAAAAUUGUACAUGAAAAUAAAAAUGCAUUUAACUUUCCUAUGACAUAAUGUUAUUGUAAAUGUUAUUCAUAUUAUAUCUGAAAAAAAAUAAUAAAAGAUACUACAACAUGGCCGUUUUGGCAUGUUUGCUUCAUAAUUAUGUAUUAAAUAACAUGUGAGUGACUGAAA